UUAUCUCCUCAUUUCUUGUCCUGAUGGGAUGAUGUUUCAUUUGUGCGGUGAUGACAAGCACUUUCACUUUUAAAGCAACAGUCGCAAAACCUGGACGAAUCGUGUGGAGUGAUUCGUAAAGCCUGUUUCCCUCCGGACCAGUCUUCUAAGUUUUUUAGGCUCUUUGAUCAUGUUGGAGUGUUCAUUGACGAUAUUUCUGGGCUUUAUCUCUUUGCUGCUGCUGCUCUGCGCUUUCUGCGGACGCAGAAGGAAGGACCGCGAGCCCCCGCUGAUUAAAGGCUGGAUUCCAUUCUUGGGAAAAGCUUUAGAAUUCAGAAAUAACUCUCAGCAGUUUCUUACGCAACUGCAGCAGGAGCAUGGAGAUGUUUUUACUGUACUUAUAGCAGGAAGGUACAUAACAUUCAUAAUGAACCCCCUCCAGUACCCCUCUGUGAUCAAGCAUGGGAAACAGCUGGAUUUCCACACGUUUUCAGACAGCGCAGCAUCCAGGACGUUUGGUUACCCACCGGUCCGGAGUGGCCUCUUCCCUGGAAUGAGUGACAGCCUCCAGCGGAGUUACACUCUGCUGCAGGGGCCUGCCCUCGACCCGCUCACUUUCAGCAUGAUGGGAAACUUACAGCAGGUCAUGCGACGCCGUUUUCUGCUCAGUGAAGAAUCUGGGUCUGAUGGCGAUUGGCAAGAGGCGGAACUAUACGAGUUCUGUAAAUGCGUAAUGUUUCAGACCACAUUUAACACGCUAUAUGGACAUUCAUCAGAUCUGCGUCUGGAUCAGCUGCGAGAGGACUUUGAGAAGUUCGAUGCCAUUUUCCCUUUACUAAUGGCCCGUGUUCCCAUCACCUUGCUGGGAAAAACCAAAGAAAUUCGUGAGAAGCUGACAAGAUUUUUCUAUCCUCAAAGAAUGGCAGAAUGGAGGGCUCCAUGUGAGUUCAUACAGACUCGAAAGGCUCUGUUCCAGGAGUAUGACGCGCUUCAGGACAGAGAUAAAGCAGCACAUCAUUUUGCCAUGCUGUGGGCAUCAGUGGGAAACACUAUCCCAGCAGCCUUCUGGUGUCUUUACCACCUCAUCUCCUGUCCGGAAGCCCUUGAAGCAGUGAGAGCAGAGAUACUCAAUGUGGUUGGAGAGAAGAUCAUGCAGUUGGUCUUUGAAGAAGACAUCACAAUUACACGACAGCAGCUAGAACAGAUGGUUUACCUGGAGAGUGCAAUAAACGAGAGUUUACGUCUCUCCUCUGUAUCAAUGAACAUCCGUGUGGUUCAGGAAGAUUUCUGUUUGCGUCUGGAUGCCCAGCAUACAGUCAACCUACGAAAAGAUGACAUUGUUGCUCUUUACCCACAAACCACACACCUCGACCCUGAAAUAUACGAUCAGCCUCAGCGCUUCCAAUUUGACCGUUUUGUGGAGGAUGGGAAGGAAAAAACUGAUUUUUAUAAAUGUGGCCAGAAGGUUCGGUACUAUCGCAUGCCUUUCGGCUCUGGAGCCACACAGUGUCCAGGGCGUUUUUUUGCGAUGAAUGAGCUGAAGCAGUUUGUGUGUGUGGCUUUACUCAUGUGUGAAAUGCAGUUGCUGGAGAACCAACAGGAGGUGAUGCUAGAUAACAGCCGUGCUGGUCUGGGCAUCAUGCCACCUGCUAAUCAAAUCACUUUCAGAUACAGAACCAGGAAACCAGGGGAAAAUAUGAAGAGGGAGGAAUGAACUAAAUGAAUAGAGAGAGACUGUUGUCUGUUCAGUUCUUAGGUAUUUUCCUCUCAUUUUUUUCACAGGGUGUAUGCAAAUAUAUAUAUAUAAAAAAAUCAUCAAUAAAAAUAACACUGCCAUGGAAAAAUCUCAUCUUUGUAUGAGCUAAACAUACAGUAUACUGUACACUGCAGUUGGGAAUCAUGGUUGAUUCAUUACAGUGAACCGCUUUCUAUGUAUAUGUUACUGUGACAUAAGGACAGCUUUUCAAACAUCUUACCUCUCAUAAAUCAAUUUUAUUCGAUCACUGUGUGUAAAUAAUUACAAACUCAUAAAGUGGCAAAGGCUGUACAUGCCAGUCACAGGAUUAAAUGCACUGCAGUCUGCAGCUCAUCAUCUAGAGUACACUAAUCAUUUCUUGAGUCCAGCUUUGAAUAUUGAAAGGUGAAUGUUUCUGCCGUUUUGUUAAUUUUUUAAACUCUUAGAAUUAGAUCAGGGUUAUUCAGUGUCAAAAAAAAUUGAUUGAAUAAACAAAUUGCUGUUUAAAAAUUUGAGAUCAGUAAGAAUUUUAGGUAUUUUUGAAGUCUCUAGGCUCAUCGAGGCUAAUUUAAAUUUGUUUUAAUUAAGUUUCUAUUUUAACAAGUAAUUUAUUUCUGUAGUGGUAAAGCUGAAUUUUAGGCAGCAGUUAUGCUUGCUUAGUAAAAGUAUUUAAUAAAAAAAAAAAAAAAAAAAACUUACUGACCCUAAACCUUUGCAUAGUAUUGUACGCAAAUUAUUACUCAUUUAUUGGUUGAUAUUAGUUUUUUUAUAUCACUACUGGUCAGUAUUCUAUAUUUUAUCAGUCGAUACUGUAAACUUUAUGCAUACUCAUUUAGAUAUAAACAAGCUUUGCUGUGAUAUAACGCGUUAUGAAAUUUCAUCUUAAAAAACAUAACCAUUUAAUAACAUUGUAAAGCACAAUCUUUAGCAUAUCUUACCAAGAAUAUCCAUUUACUUCAAUACUAUUAACAGUAUACAGUAUUUGCUGAUACACUUGUUGGCAAGUUCAAAUACAGUUUGGACAAAGAAAUCAGACAAAGGCAUCAUGGGACACUCAAUAAUACUUUACUGGAAUGUUGGAGAGACAGUAUGUGCAAAAUGAACAAAUGUAACAUGCUUCAAUUGCGACCGUACAACACUGUAAUAAAAAUAAAAGACCUCCACGAUCUC